GGAAAAAAGUGAAAAAAAGUGACCGCUAAUUAAUACCAGGAUUUCGCAAAAGACAUUUUCUAAAAUUCCAAUAAAUACUUUAACUCACCGGCGCUGUUAUUUUCAAUGAAUUGUGAACUAUAAGUUAACAAUAUUAAUACGUUUGUAGAAGAAUGAUGACCAUCAACCCGUUGAUCAAUCCGUUUUGAUGACUUCAACAGAGUAUCCUAAGUUUUCGGUACGUUGUGCAUUGUGUGGAGACGAAUUGCUGUACAGUCGACAAGAUACAUGGAAUCUAAUAUUGCAUCUACGAGAAAAACACCCUAAAGCAACACUAACUCAAUUACCUUGUCAGCUAAGUUCUACAGCUACGAAACGAAAAGAGAGCAUUAUAACUCUCUUCAUCAGAAAAAAAGAUUCAAAGUCGACGCAGAAUCCUGAGACACCACCAAAAUUAAUCGAAAAAGAAGUGGAAAUAAAUACUAAGAAAAAACUUUCUCCCACAACAGUUGAAACUUGGCGCCCCGGUCCAUCGCAAACAACGUGUCUCGCUUGUGGGAAGACAGCGACGCCUGUUGUACGAAAACAGAGAUCCAGGAAGAAUGAAGACCAUCAACCCGUUGAUCAAUCUGUUUGAUGAUUUCAACAGAGUCUCCUAAGUUUUUGGUACGUUGUGUAUUGUGUGGAGAAGGAUUGCUGUACAGUCGACACAAUACAUGGAAUCUAAUAUUGCAUCUACGAGAAAAACACCCUAAUGCAACACUAACUCAAUUAC